AUGUCCGGAUUCAAAGUGACAGCUGUCGCAAUUGACGACGAUGUUUUCACCAUACCACCCUCCUAUAGAACAGUUGACGAUCUCAAUGCAGGUUUGUGGUGGCCAGAAGACGAGCAGGAUAUGUCGAGUUUGCAAGGCGGUGCAGCUUCUAUAUAUCAUCCAUCUAUGCAACAACAGGAAGAGAUGCUUCUGCAACUUGCAAUUCAAGAAAGUUUCCGCGUUCGUGACAACUCCGGCCAGGAUGCUUCCCCAGGUCACGUGCCGAUAGGUCAACUACUCCCACCUGAUGCCGUGCCAUUGUACGAUGAGGAAGCCGAAGAAAAAAGACAAAUCGCACUAGCCAUCAAUGAAAGUCUAAGAAUGGCAGGGGAACCUGGUUUGUCACCUGGAGAAAUUCCACAGGAGGAAGAAGAUCCACUUGCGUUAGCACUACGCCUUUCUCGCGACGAAGAAGAACGACGACAAGAAGAAGCUCGUAGAGAAGAGGAGGAGCUGGAGAGGAUUUUGCAGCUUUUCGUUGGUGGAUAA